GGCUGGCUUGGCAUCAGGCGGUUUUUCAUCCAGGUGGAAGUAGGACUUCCGCAGUGCUUCCCCCAUAAGUCGUUCCGGGGAGCUAUAAGUCUCAGGAAGCCUUGCGAGCAGGAGAGAGGUCAACCCUGCCUUUUACAAGCAACGUCAAAGGGGGUGUUUUUUCAUCAAGCUGCUGAAGGAAAGCGGGGAACCAUGGAGUUUAGCAGCGCCUCUCCGCUUUCUCCUUCCCCCCAGCUGGAGGGAGAAUUCGGCUUUCGCACGUCUGCAGGAAAGAGAUCCCCAGUGUCCUUUGAGGAGGCAGCCGUAUUCUUCACGGAGGAGGAAUGGGCUCUGCUGGAUCCAGGCCAAAGAAAAGUCUUCUGGGAAGUGAUGGAGGAAAAUUAUGAGACCAUGGCCUUUCUGUGGGACUACAUUUCACAGAAGGAUUUGCGAGCCCCAGAGAGGUCAACCCUGCCUUUUCAAGAUGUCAAGAGAGUGUUUUUUCCUCAAAGUGGAGAAGGAACUAUAUGGGCUAUACAGUCCCUCAGGGCCUCUCUUCUUUCUUGUUUCCCGCAGCUGGAAGGAGAAUUUGGCUUUUGCACAUCUGCAGGAAAGCGAUCCCCCAUGUCCUUUGAGGAGGUAGCCAUUUCCUUUUCAGCAGAGGAAUGGACUUUCCUAGAUGCAGGCCAAAAGAAACUCUACUGGGAUGUCACAGAGGAAAACUACGAGACCGUGGCUUCUCUGGUUGGAGCUGUGAGGGAAAUGGUGAGUGAGAAGGAGUCAGGAAGCAGACUUGUGGAAAAAGGCAACCAUCCGCAGGUGGAAGCAAAAUCUGGAGAUCAAGGGGCAUCAACAGGACGAUGCAGAAGGAAAAAGGAAGCGAAAGAGAAGCGAAAGAAAGAAUCGGUUGCUUGUCCGGGCAGAAAGAAGCCUGAGGUCUCAGCCCAAGCUGAAACAGGGAGAAGAAAGAGAAGGCCUAAGAGUGCAUUGAAUCAGAAAGGGUUCAGCUGCAAAUCCAGUGUUAAAACAUAUAAGAAUGAUAAAGAAUGCUGGAAAAUGUAUAAAUGCUUGGAAUGUGGGAAGAGCUUCCGUAGGAGAAGUGCACUAACUAUACAUCAAAGGAUUCACACACAGGAGAUACCAUAUACAUGCUUGGAGUGUGGAAAGUGCUUCUCUGAGAAUAGCAGCCUAACUGCACAUCAGAAGAUUCACACAGGGGAGAAGCUGUAUAAAUGUGUGGAGUGUGGGAAAUGCUUCAUAAAGAAUUGCCACCUAAUUAGACAUCAAGAGGUGCAUACAGGAGAGAAGCCAUAUAAAUGCAAUGAGUGUGGAAAGUGCUUCUCUCGGAGUAGUAGCCUAAUUGUACAUCAAACGAUUCACACAGGGGAGAAGCCAUAUAAAUGCUUGGAAUGUGGGAAGCGCUUCUCUCUGAAUGGCAACCUAACUGCCCAUCAGAGAAUCCACACGGGGGAUUUGCCAUAUAAAUGCUUAGAGUGUGGAAAGUGCUUCCCUUGGAAUUCUGAACUAACUAGACAUAAAAAAAUUCACACAGGAGAGAAGCAAUAUGAAUGCGUGGACUGUGGAAAAUGCUUCUUUCUGAAUUCCCAUCUAAUUGCACAUAAAAAGAUUCAUACAGAGGAGAAGCCACAUGAAUGCUUGGAGUGCGGAAAGCGCUUUUAUCGGAAUAGCCACCUAACUUCACAUAAAAAGAUUCACAGAGGAAAGAAACUAUAUAAAUGCUUGGAGUGUGAAAAGUGCUUCUCUCAUCAUAGGAGCUUGACUGCCCAUCAAAAGACUCAUAAAGGGGAAAACCAGUAUAAUUGCUUAGAGUGUGGAAAAUCUUUCCCUGAGAAGAGUAAACUAACUAGACAUCAAAAGAUUCAUACAGGGGGAAAAGCCGUAUAA